AUGACACGACACGGCAAAAACUGCACCGCAGGCGCCGUCUACACCUACCAUGAGAAGAAGAAGGACACAGCGGCCUCAGGCUAUGGGACCCAGAACAUUCGACUGAGCCGGGAUGCGGUGAAGGACUUUGAUUGUUGCUGCCUCUCCCUGCAGCCCUGCCAUGACCCCGUCGUCACCCCCGACGGCUACCUGUACGAGCGGGAGGCCAUCCUGGAAUGCAUCCUGCACCAGAAGAAGGAGAUCGCCCGGCAGAUGAAGGCCUAUGAGAAGCAGCGAGGUGCCCACCGAGAAGAGCAGAAAGAGCUGCAGCGGGCGGCGGCCCAGGACCAGGUCCGAGGCUUCCUGGAAAAGGAGGCGACCAUCGUCAGCCGGCCCCUCAACCCCUUCACGCCCAAAGUGGCCUCGGGGCCCGGCCCAGAUGAUGCCCAGCCUGGAACGAGCACGGGCCCCGCCAGCAAGGACAAGGACAAAGUGCUGCCCAGCUUCUGGAUCCCAUCCUUGACGCCCGAGGCCAAGGCCACUAAGCUGGAGAAGCCCCCUGCGCUGACCCGGCCUUCGACCUGUCCCAUGUCCGGGAAGCCUCUGCGCAUGUCGGACCUGACGGCCGUGCGCUUCACACCCCUGGACAGCUCCGUGGACCGCGUGGGGCUCAUCACACGCAGCGAGCGCUACGUGUGUGCCGUGACCCGGGACAGCCUGAGCAACUCCACGCCCUGCGCCGUGCUGCGGCCCUCCGGCGCCGUGGUCACGGUGGAGUGUGUGGAAAAGCUGAUUCGGAAGGACAUGGUGGACCCGGUGAAUGGAGAGAAGCUCACAGACCGCGACAUCAUCGUACUGCAGCGGGGCGGCACAGGCUUUGCAGGCUCUGGGGUGAAGCUGCAGGCGAAGAAGUCAAGGCCAGUGAUGCAGGCGUGA